UGACGCUACGCGGAUGCACAUGGCCGCGCCCUGUAAGGAUGCCGCUCGUUGUGUUUUGCGGGCUGCCGUACAGCGGCAAGAGCCGGCGCGCGGAGGAGCUCCGUCGGGCGCUAGCGGCCGAGGGCCGUGUGGUGUACGUGGUGGAUGACGCGGCGGUGCUGGGCACGGAGGACGCGACCGUGUACCGCGAUUCGGCCCGUGAGAAGGCGUUGCGCGGGGCUCUCAGAGCCGCGGUGGAGCGGCGCUUGAGUCGCCACGAUGUGGUCAUUCUCGACUCGCUUAACUACAUCAAGGGAUUCCGCUAUGAGCUCUACUGCCUUGCGCGGGCGGCGCGCACCCCGCUCUGCUUGGUAUAUUGCAUACGGCCGGGUGGUCUGAGCGGGGGACCUCGGGAGGCGGUUGCGGCAGACAACCGAGGCCAGAACCUCAGUGUGAGUUGGAAGCCGCGCACUGAGGAAAGAGGGAGACCUCUGGCGGCUGGCAGUAGUGUCCUCAGGGAACCCCAAACAGUGGACUUUGUAGUAAGUGGAAGAACCCAGUCCGACGUACCUAAGGAACUGGAGCAGGAGGAAACCAAGGCGCCCGAUCUCCCAGCUCUUGUGACUCCAGAUAAAUCUGCAAAGCGUGUGUCUAGUGCCUUUUAUCCUCCAGAACUUAUGGAAGCCCUAAUGCUGCGCUUUGAGGCUCCCGACUCUCGGAACCGCUGGGAUCGGCCCCUGUUCACCUUGGUGGGCCUGGAGGAGCCGUUGCCCCUAGCAGAAAUACGGGCUGCCUUGUUUGAGAACCAGGCUCCCCCACCCCAUCAGUCUACACAGUCCCAGCCCCUUGCGUCUGGCAGCUUUCUGCACCAGUUGGAUCAGGUCACGAGCCAGGUGUUGGCGGGACUGAUGGAAGCGCAGAAGAGCGCGGUCCCUGGAGACUUGCUUAAGCUUCCUGGCACCACGGAGCACCUGCAGUUUACCCGGCCUUUGACCAUGGCAGAACUGAGUCGCUUCCGUCGCCAGUUUAUUUCCUACACCAAAAUGCAUCCCAACAAUGAAAACCUGCCUCAGCUGGCCAACAUGUUUCUGCAGUAUCUGAGCCAGAGCCUGCACUAACCAGAGGGAGUGGAUGGGGGGGUCGAGGGGAGACAUGGCUCCUCAUCUAACCUCCACUGCUCUCUGUUUUUCUUGAUAGGGUAAUCUCAGGGUCUGCAGAGCAUUUUGGUGUGUGGUACUAGAGCUGUUGUGACUGAUUUACUCACGCUUUCCUUUAUGCCAGGCCUUGAGUUUACAGCAUAAAUUGAGACUAGAAAAAAAGUGGAGAACUGGCUUGGAGGAUCUUGGCAAAUUUAUCCAGGGGACAGUGCUCAGGUGGACACGGUUUGUUUAGAUUGGGUUCUACUUGGGGUAUCACACACUGUUGAUCUCCCCCAUCUGAAUUGUGGGAGAGCAGAUUGGAUGAAUUGUUUUAAAACAAUUAGGAACAAGAACUGAAGAUGGCCCAGUUCUGCAUCUGCACUGUCCCUUUGUUCAUACCACAAACGAUUUUUUGAGUACUGUGCCUACUUUUUGUGAGUCUAUCCUGGGGCCAGGGGUCACAGAUAAAUCCACUGGUUUCUGUCCUUGGGAAGCUUUGGUUUUAGUGGAAGUGAAAGACGUUACUAGAUUAUUUCAUCUAAU